AUGAAUGGCUCUUAUAGCGAGGCCCCAGUGGGAUCCUUACCUGUUAUGAAAUUUCUAGUGACCAGAACAGGAUCAACGUCUGCGGCACGAUGGGGUAAGGAAGAUAUUGCUAAGCCGCAUUGGACAUGGUUGCAAGGAGCGAACGGAAUGCGCAGGCGCGGCCGACAGACCUACACGCGCUACCAGACGCUCGAGCUGGAGAAGGAAUUCCACACGAACCACUACCUCACCAGGCGGAGGCGGAUCGAGAUGGCACACUCGCUCUGCCUGACGGAACGGCAGAUCAAGAUCUGGUUCCAGAAUCGGCGGAUGAAGCUGAAGAAGGAGAUACAGGCGAUCAAGGAGCUGAACGAACAGGAGAAGCAGGCGCAGGCGCAGAAGGCAGCGGCAGCAGCGGCCGCGGCUGCGCAUCAGCAGCAAGCGGCCGGUGGGGGACCGGAGGGGGCCAACUAGGGGUACGCCCUGCACCGGAGCCCCCCUGACCACCCCACCACCAAUCCACACCACCCUCUGCUAGCACCGCAAUGUACACAGCUAUAUUAAAGGUGAGUGGCAGGCUGCAUCCACUGUCUCUGUAAUGCCAAAUAGAUGGUCGAUGUGCGUAUCUGUCGAUCGUCAAUUUAUCGGUUGCGGCGAAUCGGAUGCUGCACCCGGUGAGUGACGAACCCGCCUCCCGCUCCCCCGCGCGCCAGCACCACCACCACCACCACCACCACAACAACCAACCCUCUAUGGAACCUCCUGUAGCUCACUUUGACCAAUAAUCCCGCAGACCAAUCAGUAUCCAAGUGCACAGUGACGUCCGUACAAGCCUAGUAUUGUCGUAGUCCCCCCGUUUGCCCCCUCCCAUUUUCUGGCCUCUCUAUCUGUAGUCCCUGCUUUGGCGCAGUAGUGUGUAGAUAGAGGGGGUGAGUUAUACGGAGUAGUUCCGUUCGUUGAAACAACCGAUCUCCGUCCGUCUCUCGUUUUCGAGCGUGAAAGGUCGACCGAGGGACGACGAUACAACCGCGCGUGAACGCGUCCAAAGGGACGAAGAUGAAGAGAGAGAGAUGGGGCAAACAUUGCGUGUGUGCGUGUCUCUCGAAGGUCUAUCGGACGUCUCUCGUCGUCCCAUUGUCUCGGUUUGUUAUACGAUUACGAUAAAAGUAGUAGGCGCGCUGGGGUGCGCGUAAUUCUCUGAAACCUAAAUACGUAACGAAAAGCCUACGAGGUAAUUAGUAAGUUAACGCUUAGGAAGGUGGACAAAGUAUCCGCGAGUGUCGUCGAUGUUGCGGAAGGAUCGGCGGGGGGGUUGCGUCGGUGAAUUUGUCGAUUCUAUGGACGUGUUUCCCAGUGACAAGAAGAGAAUUCUCGCGAAUCUCGAUUGUACAGAAAAGAAUGAGAAAGAAAAUGCUAUAUAUUUCGCGAAUGCUUCCUUCCUCCUCCUCCUCCCCCCCCCCCGUUUUUCGUUUACUCAGCGUUCCUCCGUUUGUUUCGCUUUUCGAUCGCGCACGCUCGACGAUACGCGAUCCCUUCCUCAGCGUGUUAUGCUACGACUGCUGUUGAUGUUAUGUUUUUGUUAAUUUUUUUUUUUUUUUUUUAUUGUCUGCGAAACGACACGAGAACACGUUUCUACCGUCGCCGUGUGUCUCGUCGUUGUUCGAGCGCGGCUCGCCGAUCUCCAUGAGAAAUUACGUCCGACAGAUGAUAACCGUCGUCCUGGUGCUGACGAUCUCGUCGGGCACGGCGCGCGAUAAAAACGUGUUCCUUUCGAUCGGUACAAAAUAUAUAUGUUGAUGUUCGAUAAUUUUGUUAAAUAUUAUAUAUACAGAGCGGUUGGUAACUAGUGGUACAAGCGGAAAGGGGGUGAUUCUAGACGAAAAAACAAGUCGAAAACGUAGAAUAAACAUUUUUCGUUCGAGGCUUCGUUUUCGAGAAAAUCCACUUUGAAUCGUCGCUCGGUACGCCUGCACUUUAUCGCGUCUCGUUGGAAGGGAUCUCACCGUAGAUCGUUGUCUCGAUCGACGUUAUUUUUUUGAUUUUUAAAAUUUUUGUUCUACAUUUUCGACUUCUUUUUUCGCCUAGAAUCACCCCCUCUACGCUUGUACCACCAGUUACCAACCACCCUGUAGAAACGUUUAUGCGAUAUACAUACGCGCCUGCUGGAUACGUACGAGGCGCGCGCGUUCGUCCCACGAGUCGAACGUAACGUUUUUCCCUCUGUACGUCGAUUAUCGCAUCGAGAGAGAAAAAAGAGAAAAAAGGAACAAGAAUGAAGUUAAAGAUACAAACAGAUUCCUUCACCUUCGUGCUAUCCCUUUUUCUUUCGCUGUGUUCGUUUAUAAUUUCUCCCUCCUUCUCUCUCUUCCUCUUUCUCUCUUUCCUCAUCUGUACGCGAAUCGCUUCGAUCGCUGACUCUCGGCUCGAGCAACAGAAUCGAACGAAACUCCGAUAGUCUCUAACGAGCAAGAUUAUUACAUUGUACGUACCUACCUAGUACCUAUAGACGCCUACCCAGACACGAAGUGUGCGUGGCGCUAUCCUAAGCAAGUAAAACAACUAUUCUAGUUAAUGAAUGUAUACGAAUAGCCGCUAAGAGACACGCAAGAGUAAUAGGUAAACGCAGUAUUUCUAAGAGGAAUGUAAUGUUAAUAAUUAUUUAUUUUGUGGAUCUCGGUGAAAACGGGAAGAAUGGAAUAACGAUUAAAAAAAGGACAAAAAAAAAAGAAAAAAAAAAGAAGAAGGAAACGCGAAACGAGGAGCGUCGAAACGAAUAAUAAACAAACAAACAAAAAAAAAAAAUUAUAUAUAUUAUAUAUACGAAUAUAGAAAGAACGCAUUCGUCGGUCUGCUGUGCUGUAACGUUUUAAAAUAACGGACUUCUUGUUUCUCUUUAGGCGAAUAGGCCUAUAUCUUAUAGGGGUAGGCGUUAUCCAUUGCGUAGUGUGGUAGCCGCAAUCAAUCAAUCAUCAUCAUCGUCGUCGUCGUCGUCGUCGUCAUUUUUUCUGUAAACGUAAUUUCCUUUUUUCCGAUGGUGGCGAGAAGAAAGAAAGGAAACGGAGAACGCAGAAGGCAAAACGCGCAGCAUCCUCUUUUGUAACAUAUUUAGGGAUAUCGAUUGUUUUACCAAUUUGGAUCCUGAUUGUAUGUAACCCGCGAGAGCGACCAGGGCCGCACCUGCUGCCUAUGCGUGAAACGGUGUUGUAAACGAGGAAACGGUGACCUUUUCGUAGGGGCGGUUGCUGUUCUGAACGCUAUUGUAAUAUUACCUUGAUUAUACGAUUACUAAGGAAAAAAAAGGAACAAAAUAAAUGCGAUGUAAACUUGA